UUCUUAGCUGUGAACUGAUAAAAUUGACAGAGCCGUCACCAAGACCUUCUCCCUUUGUUUGUGCUCCCAGUCCAGGCAAACAGCUGGAUGUAGAUGACCAGUACUAUCACACCCUGUCCACCAGCAGGUCAGAACCCUCCAUGACCACAGAGAACACGUCAGACGGCACACCUGAGAGGAGACAGUCCAUGGACCGGAGGGAGUCCACAGAGGAGACACCAGCAGGAUCCAGUCGUCCGAUGAGAGAGCGGGCCAUAACUGAACCAGAACUUCCCAAACCUGCCAAAGACAAGCGGCGUUCUGUCCCCAGAAUGUCCUCUACAGAAAGUCGAACUGCGGACAAUCCGUACGACUACAGACAUCUGCUGAGGAAGACCUCGCAGAGACGAAAGCUCAUCAAACAGUACUGAACACCAACAAGUUCGACAAAACAAGCAUCCCACAGCAUGUUCAGACAUCCAGAGAACAUCUGAUCACAAUGUACACAAUUAAGCUGCACAUGUUGGAGAUUAGAAUAUAAACACUGAAAUUACAACAAAUGAAAUGUGCUGUAAAUGAAAGGUUAUAUGUGUAAUCUGUAAUGUAGAUAUUUAAAAAUGUUUUUUUUUUAAUGUUUAGAUUUACUGGUGCUCUUAUGUUGAAUUCUGUGCUUUCUGAAUUAUUUUCAAAGACAUAUUUUGGUUAAAAAAACAGCUUCAGUGUUGUCAGAAAUGUUGAUCUCUGCUGUAACUUCUGAUUUAAACUUGAAUAAACUCUGUUUAUUUCAUUGAA